AUGGGAAGCAUUGAAGGGCCUCGCCAGCAGCGAAAGCCAAAGCCAUGGGUCGAAACUCCGCUCAUUGAAUCAACUGCUCUGUCGCGGGCGGCAGGAUGUCGCAUCUUUCUGAAGCUCGAAAACCUCCAGCCCAGUGGUUCUUUCAAGUCAAGAGCCAUCGGCAAUCUAGUACUUUCUUACGCCUCCGAUCCAGCUAACCAAGAGAAGCAACUUCACUUCUUCAUCGCGUCGGCUGGUAAUGCUGGUCUUGCUGCGGCAACAGCGGCCAGUGCCCUGUCGUAUCCGUCCACGGUUUAUGUACCAAUGAGCACAAAGUCCGUAAUGAUAAACAAGCUACGGGAAGCUGGCGCAACGGUUGUGCAACACGGCGCCAAUCUGGACGAGGCAGGAAUACAGAUGAGAAUUGUUAUGGAUACCAUGCGCGGAAUUCCGGCAAAUGGAACGGCGCCGGUUGUGCCAAUUGCAUUGCACCCGUUCGAUCACGAGAAAAUUUGGGAGGGCGUUAGCACGCUGGUAGAUGAAUUAGCUUACCAGCUACCCCCUCGUGAGACCGAUAUUGAAAAUGGCGAAGGUGACAAUGAAGCACUCGCCGUUGAUGGCAUAAUCUGCAGUGUUGGCGGCGGCGGCCUGAUGAAUGGAAUUAUCAUGGGGAUUGAGCGCCAACAACGCAUGUGCGGCAAAGCACGGGCAGGGUCAAUGUAUGGGGCUUCCAUGGAGAGACGCAAAGACAUUCACAUCAUAGCAACGGAAACGCAAGGCUGCGAUGCCUUAGCGCAAGCUAUCUCGAAGGGCUCUUUGAUUUCGUUGCCCAGUAUUACGUCGCUCGCUACAUCCCUCGGUGUCACUCGAGUUGCUCAAAGAACGCUGGAUAAUGCACUUCAUCCGCCGGCCGGCAUCCAGGUGCACCCGCUGGUCCUGCAUGAUGCCGAUGCUGCCAAGGGCGUUAUGCGUUUAGCUGAGGAUCAAAAGCUUCUCGUGGAGCUGGCAUGCGGCGUAUGCAUUGAGGCCGCCAUUGGUCCCACGCCGUGGAAAAACGAGAAGAGCAAGGCCACGGAGAAACGUGUCCAUGGUACUCAAAAUGCAGUAAGCAAUGCAAACGAUUAUGGAACUCCGACAGUGACACAGACGUACCUUGAACGCCUGAUUCCCAAUUUUGGCCCUGAGAGCCGUGUUGUCAUCAUUACCUGCGGUGGAAGCAAUGUCUCCUUAGAAAUGGCUGCGGAGUGGAAACAGAGACUGGAUGAGGGUUGGGGAGCUCAGGACGGUAUCUCGGCCUGGUAA